AUGACACAACGCAAAGGCGACAAGCCAACCAUCAGCAUCCAGGAGCACAUGGCCAUAGACGUGUGCCCCGGCCCCAUCCAGCCCAUCAAGCAGAUCUCCGACUACUUCCCCCGCUACCCCCGGGGUCUGCCCCCGCAGGCCGUGGUCGCUGCCGCCGCCGCCUCGGCCGCCGCAGCCUCAGCGGCCGCCGCCGCCGGCGCGAGCCCGUCCGGGUCCCCGCGCUCCAACUUGUCCACGUCGUCGGGCUGCUCCGCGGCGGCGGGGACCGGCGGGGGCGGGGCCGACUCGGACAGCGACCCCGGCCAGUUGGACCGCGCCGGCGCCACCGCCAGCUCGUCGUCGUCCCCGCAGCAGCAGCAGCAGCAGCAGGCGGUCCGCAAGGAAGAGGAGCCCGACGUGGAGGGAUACGACUCGGACGACUCCACUACACUGGGGACCCUUGACUUCAGCCUCCUGUACGACCAGGAAAACAAUGCACUGCACUGCACCAUCAACAAGGCCAGGGGCCUGAAACCCAUGGACCACAACGGACUCUCGGAUCCCUACGUCAAGCUGCACCUCCUGCCAGGCGCCAGCAAGGCCAAUAAACUUCGAACUAAGACCCUGCGCAACACGCUGCACCCCGUCUGGAGCGAGACACUGACCUACUACGGCAUCACCGACGAGGACAUGGUCCGGAAGACCCUCAGAAUCUCAGUGUGCGAUGAGGACAAGUUCCGCCACAACGAGUUCAUCGGAGAGACGCGCAUCCCGCUGAAGAAGCUCAAGCCCAACCAGACCAAGAACUUCUACAACUGCCUGGAGAAACAGCUGCCGGUCAACAAGACAGAGGACAAGUCCCUGGAGGAACGCGGCCGCAUCAUGAUCUCCCUCAAGUACAACUCCCAGAAGUCGUGCCUGGUGGUGGGCAUCGUGCGCUGCGCCCACCUCGCCGCCAUGGACGCCAACGGCUUCUCGGACCCCUACGUCAAAACGUACCUAAAGCCAGAUGAGAACAAAAAGUCAAAGCACAAGACCGCUGUGAAGAAGAAGACCCUUAACCCAGAGUUUAAUGAGGAGUUCUCCUACGACAUCAAGUACGCCGACCUGACCAAGAAGACCCUGGAGGUGACCGUGUGGGACUACGACAUCGGCAAGUCCAACGACUUCAUAGGCGGGGUCUCCCUGGGCAUCAACGCCAAUGGCGAGCGGCUCAAACAUUGGUUCGACUGCCUGAAAAACAAGGACAAGAAAAUCGAGCGCUGGCACACGUUGACCAAUGAACUGCCCGGGUCGACGUUCAACGACUAACCCCCCCCCCCGCUCCUAUCCCUCCUCGCCCGUCUGGAGGACUCCUGGUCCCAGCGAGGGUAGCAUAUGAAGAUGUCCCCGCCUUGCCUUGGAAAUGUCCCUGCUGUCUCUCCUCGUGAGUGUUGUCCUAAGACCCGCCUCCACCAGCCUCGACGUUCUCUCCCACUUCUGCCUCCAAAAGACGAAAUGUACACUCUUGAUGAUGGCCAUCUGUUUUCGAUCCGUAACAACCAACACCUUACGGUUGAGCAUGUGCACGAGUCAACCCAUACGUGCGCGUGGGGAAUGUAUGCACGUGUGUGCGUGUCUGAACAUGCAUGUGUGUCUGUGUGUGUGAGGGCGUGUGUGCAAGCAAACAAUAUAAAAUCGGAAGAACAACAAAUCAACAAUAUGAUACAGCGAAGGGUUGCCUGACAACCCUUUCUUUAACGAUACAAUGAUUUACAAAAAAAAAAAAAAGUACAAUUGUUUACAUCAGUUGCAAGAAAGAUUCUGUCACGUCAGACCGCCGUCAGCAGAAAGAAACGGGCACAAUGGGGGCUUUUGUUCAAGCCCAUCAUAGGGAAUUCAAACUGGUAAUGGCACAUUUCUUGCUGCUCACUCAGUUUUAUCUGUUUAUCUGCAGAUUUCGAGUGUAGAUUAUCUCUGGAGCACAUCCAUUCCGUUUGGGUAUAGCUGAUUCUGAUAUAAUAAACGUUCAUUUGAGUCAAUGUGUUUCUGGCUGGAGGAAAUGCAGCUGAUUGAAUGAAAGAUUGGCAUGCAAUUCUGUGUAAAAUGCCUCUGCAACACACCACACAAGUGGUGUGUUAGAGCAAAAGAGUUUGGGGAUAUUUGGCCGAGAACUAGGUUCACCCGGAAUGCUGUAUGUCCUUGCCAAUAACACCAAAUUAGCUCAACUGCUCAACCCCCACUUUACUGACUCUUUUCCGUAGUGACCCGCUUAUGAUAUGUGACUGUCCGCUCCUAUGCCCGUGUUGGCAGGACAGAGGGUUAAACAGCGCAGAGAACAGCUUUCCGGAUGCCCCCCCCCCCCCCACCUCCCAAAAGAAAACCUGACAGCUGGUCAACUGUAUUGUCCAAAGCGGUGUAGUGACAGACAAAAACAUGUGUUGUUUACAUCCUCUGGUCGCUCAAGUCCAAGUUUGCUGCUUGAAAAACGGCCCUUUCUGUGUAAAAGUGGCUCGCAUUUGGGCCGGUUAUGAAAUGCAACAGGCAAAACAAAAAAAAACAAGCAGGUGCAGGAAUGUUUUUAAUUAUGUUUGUUAUAUAUACAUAAAUAUAUAUAUAUAUAUACAUAGACAAAUAUUUAAUCGGAUAAUGUUGUGACAUGAGUCGCCUAUUUUUAACGUAAGCCACAUCAACAGUAUGGAGAACUGCCACGACUGAUAAUGCAGAAUGUAUGUGGAUAAACCCCUUGUGUUUCACUGCAGCUCCUGUGGAGAAUGUGCACAUUUGUGCUCUGACUGGUUCCUGACCUAACAUGUAUUGUUUACAUUCUUUAUAUCUAUAUCUAUAUAUAUAUAUAGGAAUCUCAAGAUGUCUUGCCACACAUAUCCGGGAAGAGAGAGCACUCUGCACUCGAGUAUAAUGUUAAACACAGCCAGGGCUGUACACAGGGCUGAUAACAAAACACUGCUUUUCCCUCCCGUAUAAUAAUUGAUGUGUAAUUGUUGUUCAUGCUGUUGUUGUUGUUGUUGUUCUGGUUGUUGUGGUAGUUGUUGUUUAGUUCUAUUAAGGUUUUAGUAUAAGCACUACUCCUCUCCACGCUAACUGUAGCACAACCCUUGGAACGUUGCAAUGAAUGUCAAAUAUACGGGGAAUAUCCAAACAACUAUCGUUAAAUGUUGGACGACUUCUGCAUUGGGGGUGCAUGCCAUGUAGUUAUGGUGUUAUUACGACUGCUGCUACAGCUCACCACCACACUGCAUCCUCCCCAUCCUUCCUGUGGAUAGAUAGAAAUAGGAUAUAUUGUGUGUGUUUAACACAGGUAGCAGAGGACUGCUAAACAAAUGCUAAACUUCCUGUAGAAUAUUACAUGUUUUCAUUAACACAUGUUUCAGAGCUCAUUCAUUUAUUGUUUAACCAUUAGCAAAGUAGUGUGUUCAAAGGUGCAGUUUGUGGAAUUAAGUUGCAUCUAGUGUAAUUGACUUUGCAAUUCAAUUAAAUAUAUUAUUCAUAUUAUCUUUGUAUCUAAUGUAUAAUCUCAUGAAAUUAAGAAUGGUUGUGUUUUAGUCAGAAUGAGCCCUUUAUAUCUACAUAGGGAGAAGGUAUUUUUUCACAGAGCCCGCCAUGUUUCACCGCCAUGUUUCUACAGCAGCCCAGAAGGGUCAAACAGCUAGAGAGGACGCGUUUUGAAAACUUUAAUCAUAAUCGCUAUCUUAAUUGUACUUGGCUACUCGAUGCUGUCGAAGAUGAGGAAAUCAUUUUGGCCAGUACAGGCCACUGUAGCACUGUUGGAAAGGGAGAGGUGUUUACGAUCUGCCACCUCACUGCUAGAACCCACUUAAUCCUACACACUGCACCUUUCAAUUAUAAUAUGAUACCUGCACUAUGUACGUUUGCAAAAGCCACUUGAGUGGUAUUGCAUGUUCUUCCAUAUUUUGCCCUGAAAUGAAAAAGACGGCUAUGAAUAGAAAAUAAAUAAGAGGGAGGCCAACACAACUGUUUGUGUGUGAGCUUUAUCCCACUGAAAGAUUACAAAUUAACCUUACCAUAUCAAACAAUAGUUUAUUUUCUUAGAUCUCCUGAUCUGUAUCAUUUAUUUAUUUUUGCUUAUGGUUAACUUUGUUAUUUAAAUUAGAGAAAAUAUUUUAAAAACGCAAAGUUGAUUUGUAGCUUUCUUCACAUAAGUUAGGCCUAUAACCUGUGGCUUGUUAGUCUAGUCUGUUUAGAGACUAUCAAUGUAGUUAUUUCCUUUAAACAAUAACCGAAGAAUAGGGUAAUACACAAAGUAUUUUAGUUUAUGUUGUUUUUUUCUAACCAACUUAAAAAGAUGUCCCAUUUCAACGCUGAAACAUUUUUGCAAAUGUGGAAAAUGUUUUCAAAUAGGUGGAUGUCUCUUCUACCUAGUUUUAACUCCAAUCGGAAAAAAUGCGUCUAUUGUCGUUGAGCUUUUUGGUGUCUUCGUGGACAUUGAAUUGAUAUGGCAUGAACUGUCAAUAUAUUGUCGGCAGUUAUUAAUAUUUCUCCCCUUGGAAUAGCAGUGAUCCGUCUUUCCCCACCACCCCCCCCCCCCCCCAAAAAUGAAUAUACAAUAAACACUGUGAUAUUGUGAUAUAACCCUGUGAUAUUUUGUAAACUGUCUGCCUUUGUACGCAAGCUUAAUAUUACAUCAGCAACUUAGAAAUCUGCAUGUGUUUGUUCAUGGGUUUGUCAUGAGAUGACUUUGGCUAAUGUUUGAUACUGUUUCCUGCAUUUAAAAAAACAAAAAAUAUGGUUGCUAAAGAUUAUGCUAAAAAUUAGUAAUUCUUCUGGACUAAAUUUUGUAUCUUUGAACACUAUUGCGUUGCCUGUUUGGCUGAUGUACUGACUAUCUGGAUGUGUGACUAUUGUGAAUUAAAAUAUCCCUUUUGUUUUUUUUACUCUCAAGCCUUCUUUUGUGUGAUAUUGGUGAUCCUCUUGUAAAAUAAUAUACACACACCAC